CUCUAAAGACACGACGUCUCAUAUAAAUGACAACAACUCCACAAAAGCACUGAUACCGUUGGCACAGGCGGUCUGCGAGAGACACAACCAGUCGGUGAUUUCAAUAGUCAAAGAGAGAGAAAGAGAGAGAGAGAGAGAGAGAGAGAGAGAGUCGACACACAAAAAAAUAUUUAAGUGAAGAUAUUGUUUAUAUAAGAAUUACAGCCAAAGUGUAAACUCCGAGCAAAACAUAUCUCCGACAAAACAUACAGUCGUUGACACAAAUAAUAAGCCAAAAGCUAUUUUUCAUUUGACUUUUGUGUUGCCGUUUGUGUCGUUCAUAUAUAGAGUAGUUUGGGUGCAAAGGAAUAGAUAGGAAUGAAAGCCGAUUUUGUUUGGAAGUGUCUACCAGUGCUAUGUCUUAUCAAAUCAGUUGUCACAUCGUGGGAGUCGUGGUGGACCUAUGAAGGCAUCUCAGGUCCAGAUUUCUGGGGACGUCUUAACCCAAAGUGGAGUCUCUGUAGUCGUGGUCGACGUCAGUCUCCUAUUGAUAUCAAUCCAAAGCUGUUAUUAUUUGAUCCAAAUCUAAGUCCACUUCAUGUGUACGGCGAUUAUAUAAGUGGUAAUCUACAGAACAGUGGUCGCGGAAUCAUAUUUAAGGUGAGCUCCAAUCGCACAGUUAUUAUAAGUGGUGGUCCGCUAUCAUAUCAGUACACAUUGAAAGAAAUGAUAUUACAUUACGGGCGCGAAAACGAUAGGGGAUCUGAACAUACAAUUAGUGGCCAUCAAUUUCCUGCCGAAAUUCAAUUGUAUGCCUUUAAUUCACAAUUAUACGCCAAUUGGACGACAGCCCAGAGCGAAGCUAAUGGUGUGCUCGCUAUUGCCGUACUUAUAGCACAUACACAACAAUCGAUUGGAGGAAAUGCACAGUUAAAACACAUCACACACACACUCAAGAAUAUCACUGCCAAAGGUGACAAUCAAUGGAUUAGUUCGUUGAGUAUCAGAGAAUUAUUGCCGACAUUGAAGUAUUACAUAACAUAUGAGGGAUCACUAACACAGCCGUCUUGUCACGAAACGGUCACUUGGAUUGUAUUAAAUAAACCAAUUUAUAUGACUGGACAUCAGUUUCAUCAGUUGAGGACAACUAUGCAUAGCGAUGGACACGGAGACAACUUUAGGCCACUCCAGCCAAUCAAUCACCGCGUUAUGAGAACUAGUAUUAACUUUCAGGAUCAAACCAAUGAAGUAAGCAUUGACUUCAAACAAUCACACCAUAAGAAGGCCUCGAUGUGUACUAUGGAGAGGUCGAUGAUGUAUAGAGGAAAGGGUUAA